UGCGCGCAGCCCGCGGCGGCCAUGUUUACUUGGGGCACAGAGGGUCCUCGCGGCCGCAGCGGCAGGCGUUGCGGUGGCCACUUUAGAUUCGGGCAAAGGCUUCGCUCUGUUCUGUUUCCGCCGUCCCGCUUCCUGCCCAGGCCGGCCUAGGCAGCCGCGUUCCGAAAGACGCCGCCGGGAGCUGCGGAGCAUGCAUGGAGUGGCAGUACUAACGGCUGGUGUCUCGCACCCUGCCCUGUGAAGGUACGUGAAGCUGAAAGCCUGGAAUGGCUGGAAAGGGGUCAUCAGGCAGGCGUCCCCUGCUGCUGGGGUUGCUGGUGGCCGUAGCCACUGUCCACCUGGUCACCUGUCCCUACACCAAAGUGGAGGAGAGCUUCAACCUGCAGGCCACACAUGACCUGCUGUACCACUGGCGAGACCUGGAACAGUACGACCAUCUCGAGUUCCCCGGAGUCGUCCCCAGGACGUUCCUCGGGCCAGUGGUGAUCGCGGCAUUCUCCAGCCCUGCGGUUUAUGUGCUUUCGCUGUUAGAAAUGUCCAAGUUUUACUCUCAGCUAAUAGCUGCCUGGACCCAGUUGCCUCUCACAUGGGAGCUUCGAAGUCCCUUCCGGAAAGGUGGCGAGAGAUACCCAGAAGUUCAUUUUUCUUCCUGUUUUCAGCCUCUCUUGCCAGCGGCUGACAGGCCAGUCCACGUUAGAGGAGUGCUCGGACUCGGUGUGAUUUUUGGACUCUGGACGUUACAAAAGGAAGUGAGACGGCAGUUUGGGGCCAUGGUGGCCACCAUGUUCUGCUGGGUGACGGCCGUCCAGUUCCACCUGAUGUUCUACUGCACGCGGACACUGCCCAACGUGCUGGCCCUGCCCGUAGUCCUGCUGGCCCUGGCAGCCUGGCUGCGGCACGAGUGGGCCCGCUUCAUCUGGCUGUCAGCCUUCACCAUCAUCGUGUUCAGGGCAGAGCUGUGCCUGUUCCUGGGCCUCCUGCUGCUGCUGGCCUUGGGCAACCGAAAGAUUUCUGUAGUCAGAGCCCUUCGCCACGCCAUCCCGGCGGGGAUCCUCUGUUUAGGACUGACGGUUGCCGUGGACUCUUAUUUUUGGCGGCAGCUCACGUGGCCAGAAGGAAAGGUGUUUUGGUACAACACUGUCCUGAACAAAAGCGCCAACUGGGGGACCUCCCCACUGCUGUGGUACUUCUACUCAGCCCUGCCCCGCGGCCUGGGCUGCAGCCUGCUCUUCGUCCCCCUGGGCUUGGUGGACAGAAGGACUCACGCACUGACGGUGCUGGCACUGGGCUUCGUGGCGCUCUACUCCCUCCUGCCGCACAAGGAGCUUCGCUUCAUCAUCUAUGCCUUCCCUGCUCUCAACAUCACAGCGGCCAGAGGCUGCUCCUACCUGCUGAAUAACUAUAAAAAGUCUUGGCUGUACAAAGUGGGGUCUCUGCUUGUGAUCGGACACCUCGCAGUGAAUGCCGCCUACUCAGCCACGGCCCUGUACGUGUCGCAUUUCAACUACCCGGGUGGCGUCGCGAUGCAGAGGCUGCACCAGCUGGUGCCCCCCCAGACAGACGUCCUUCUGCACAUUGACGUGGCAGCCGCCCAGACAGGCGUGUCUCGGUUUCUCGAAGUCAACAGUGCCUGGAGAUAUGACAAGAGGGAGGACGUGCAGCCGGGGGCGGGCAUGCUGGCGUACACACACAUCCUCAUGGAGGCGGCCCCUGGGCUCCUGGCCCUCUACAGGGACACACACUGGGUCCUGGCCAGCAUCGUGGGCACCACAGGUGUGAGUCUGAACCUGACCCAACUGCCCCCCUUCAACGUCCACCUGCAGACAAAACUGGUGCUUCUGGAGAGGCUCCCCCGGCCGUCCUGAGGGGGACCAAGCAGCCCCCAGCAGCCACAGGCCUUCCAGGAGCUGAGUGUUCUGGCACAAUUCCAGCACAAUUAUGACAAUUCAGACAAGCAAGUCAAAGGACUGUGCACCUGCCUCUCACAGACACCAGAGCAGGGCCAGGGCCUCCUCCACAGCCUCACCUGGGGCUCGCAGCACCAGAGAACAAGGGGCCCAGGUCUUGUUGGCACCCCGGGAACCACUGCCCAGGGUGAUGGUGGCCUGCUCAGGGCUGGUGGGCGACAGUCAUCUGUCAUCCAGACCGGGUGCCAUUCAUGACUAAUGAGCAGCGGGCUCACCUGGGCACCUGUCUGCCAGGAGGCCACGUGUGUCGUGGCGUGCCCACCCGCGGGGAGCAGUAGUUUGGCAGCACCCCACGCCUGCUGCCAGAGGGCCUCUUGGGGCACCUAAGACAGCACCCCCUCUCAGGGGAGACCAUGGUGGCCCCUGCCGCCCCCCUGACCUGCUGCCACCACUGCAACUUUUAUUCACCGGCAUCCCAUCUCCAUCACAGAUAAAAUUUUAGGAGAUAAACACAUUCAGAAAGGAAUGAGAGAAAAAGAAUAAGACAAUAAAUGUUGAUUGGAACCUCUCAAGAUUACAGAAAA